AUUGCAGCGCCCAUGUGGGAAGCUCCGGUCUUCGUGGGUCACAGGGUUUGCAGGUACCGGGUGAUCCCCCUCUGCAGUGACCGUCUGCUGUUUAUUGCCCGGGGCCCAUUGCAGGUGCUGAUGGGAUGGACAGGAUUAAAGUCAUCAAGAGGCGCCUAUCCAUGUCGCUGCGUGGCCCCAGACCCACAGACGAGCCGCUGGACGAACAGACGGAGUCGGCCCCACCCGAGGACCCACCCCUUCCCCAAGCCUCGGAUCCGGUGGUUUGUCCUGCCUUACGACCCACCCUGUGCCCCUCCUCACACCCUGCCUCGCACAGCGCCCCCUCCUUCCUGCGUCAGUAUGCAGGUCACCUGGGACGAACAGCCCUGCGCCGGGACCCCAGGGGUGUGCUGGAGCGCUCCCAGCUGAACCUCUACAGGACCGGAUCUCUCGGCAUCGUCCAUGAGAACGGCAAGGGGACCGCAAUGGGCUCAGAUGGCGAGAGCGACCAGGCAUCCGGCACGUCCUCGGAUGAGGUCCAGAGCCCAGUGCGGGUGCGGUUACGAAACGGCAACCAUCGGCGCAUCGCGGAGGACAUCAACAAGCGUCUCUCCCUUCCGGUGGACAUCCGGCUGCCAGACAGCUACCUGGAGAAGUUCGCCAUGAGCGGGCCGCCCUUCGCCAAGCCCAUGAGCCGCCGGCUCCGCCGCGUCUCGCUGUCUGAGAUCGGCUUUGGGAAGCUGGAAACCUACACCAAGCUGGACAAAGUGGGUGAGGGCACCUACGCUACAGUGUUUAAGGGUCGCAGCAAGCUGACGGGCAACCUGGUGGCACUCAAGGAGAUCCGUCUGGAACACGAAGAAGGAGCGCCAUGCACCGCCAUCCGAGAGGUGUCUCUCCUUAAGGAUCUGAAGCACGCCAACAUCGUCACCCUCCAUGACAUCAUCCACACGGAGAAGUGCCUGACUCUGGUGUUUGAAUACAUGGAGCAGGAUCUGAAACAGUACAUGGAUGACUGUGGAAAUAUCUUAGAUGUGUACAAUGUUAAGAUCUUCCUAUUCCAGCUGCUUCGGGGCUUGGCUUACUGUCAUGGCAGGAAAGUUCUGCACAGAGACCUCAAGCCCCAGAAUCUACUCAUCAGCCACAGGGGGGAGCUCAAGUUGGCUGACUUUGGUCUAGCCCGGGCUAAGUCGGUUCCGACUAAGACAUAUUCCAACGAGGUUGUGACUCUCUGGUACCGACCGCCAGAUGUACUGCUAGGCUCUACAGAGUACUCAACACCCAUCGACAUGUGGGGGGUAGGCUGUAUAUUCUACGAGAUGAUGACGGGUAGACCCCUGUUCCCUGGAUCUACAGUGAAGGAUGAGCUACAUUUGAUAUUCCGAAUUCUAGGCUCUCCAACAGAGGAGACCUGGCCAGGAAUCUCCAGCUGUGAGGAAUUAAGAGCCUACCAGUUCCCUCAUUACACUGCUGAGCCGCUGGUCAACCACGCACCCAGGAUAGACGCCGAUGGGAUUCACCUUCUGACCCAACUCCUCCAGUUUUCGGUGAAGAACCGAAUUUCUGCUGAGGAUGGUCUCCGACUCCCCUAUUUCUCCAGUCUGGGGGAGCAGGUGCACACGCUGUCUGACAGGCAUCCAGCUCCGCAGGGACCCAGGAAGGAAGAGCAACACGCACCUAGAGACCGCGCCAUCUACAGUGGGCACUGUUCCUUGGGAGUAUGUCCAGAGAGAGGGCGCCCAAGCACGGAGCUCGUCCUACGCUUCCACGUCCUCCACAAGCUGAGUGACUCUCUCACACACCGGUUCUCCUUGAAGGAUCUAAUGAGGAUUGCCAGCUGGGUUAGGUGAAGAAAAGCUUGUCAUCAGAGGCCUAGUUACCGAGGGAGAGAGAGAGAGAGACCUUAAGCCACAGCUGUUAAGGAAGCAUCUCUGUGAAGCACAUGCAAUCCCUCAAGCGAAAAUUCCUUCCGUCUCACUUUUCUCCUUAAGUGUGCCGAACUGAUUUACGGUGUGUCAACAGAUGAAAUGAAACAGCUUUACUGCUCCUUGUUUAUCUGUCGCAUGUGUCCCUUUUUCCAGACCCCAGAAGGGCAUCGGGUGUUCUUUGUUGUAGCCCUUUUACAUUCAUUUAAUGGCACAAAAACACCCCAGCUGCUUAAGUAACUUGCCAAAACUUCUAUGACUGUAAUUUCAUAUCUGUUACUGUAUUUCGUUAAAGGGCCGUGUCCUUCAGAAUUGCAUGAUGGUUUGACAUCUGCCUGUUCUCUCUCUCUCCUCCUUUGCCAGACCAGGGGAAGAACCGGAGACUAAGCGUGUUGUUUUAGGUGCCCAUGAGGCUGGUGGUGGACUGCCUUCCUCCUUUUCUCAGCUGCUGUGGACAGACUCAAGUUCAAGACAAGAAAAAGAGGGAAGGAAACUC